AUGGCAUCGUCAGAUCUGGUGGGACGUCCGUUAGUGCCGUUCUUUGAUGGCGAGGAGAACGUGAACCACUUGCUCCAGUUUGCUGAGGGGGACACUGAGAGGGAAGAAAUCGAUGUGGACGCCCGUGUCUGGGACAAAGAACGCGGUUACUUUGUGUACCCUUCUGAGCAGUCGCGAGCGAUAUCUGAUCCGGUUGCAAUCAAAGCUGUCGAUCGAGAGGGUCGGACGGAGAGCGGCGUUGGUAGUAAACUGCUGCUCACGCCAUCGAUGAUGCUGUCAAGCAGUGCACCAAAGUCUUUGGAUGCAGGUAGAACGUUUCUAUCAUCUACUAUCGAUGGCAUUGAACCACGCAGCAGCUCAGUAAAGCGGGAGUCAAAACAACAGAAGACUCGACCCAAUUCAUCUCGGUGUUCGAACGAAGGAGUUGAAGACACAUUGGCGGUAAACGCUUUGCCGAAAAAGGAAAAGAACAAAGGAAGCAGCACGACCAGCAGUGGUGCUCAGUCCAGUAAUCGCCAGCAGUCACGCAAUGGAAAGAUGAAGGAGCAGCUGUCAGCCUCUGGAAAGUGGGCCUGGUCAGCUUUCCAGUCGUCACCUGACCCGGCUGAGCUGCCGAUGCCACCAUUUCUCACAAAAACGGCAGGAGGCUUGAGCGACAGUGAUAAACUUACUUCAGCCUCGACGUCUGCAGCACCUUUGAUUCUGCCUACGCUACCACCGGUGCAGCUCAUGACGGCAGCACCCGCGCCGGCAUUCUCGUUGGGUCCACCCUCUGUCCAUCCUCCGCAGCCGCUGCUGCCGCCCGUACCUUCGGCGCCUCCGGACGUGGCGACUCCAAUAGCGCCGAUGUCCGUCGAGUUAUCGAUGACUCAAGACCUCUGCAGGAUGCUGAACAUUGGAGGAGGUUAA